CCAUGCCUCCCUCCCCUCCCCUCGCCCUCGUCUCGACCCGUCUCGCAACCGUUGAACUCUGCUCUACCGUUCGUCCUGCGCCAGGUCGCUGUCAAGAUGAACAAGAUCGCAACACCUUACCUGCAGCAACCGCGUAGGACAUGGACUGAGUUAAAUAGCUCCAGCACCACCGGACUUCAGCGACACCAUCAGCCACCGCCGCCACAGCAGCAGCAGCAACAACAGCAACAACAACAACGGCAGCAGCAACAACAACAGAGCACGGGACGCCCCUCUGACAGGAUGCCCGUCUCCAGUGCCGGCGCGGCCCCUCGCACCGUGGUGGUCGGCGACAUGGUGGUGGCGGACGACUCGGACACCGAGGGGGACGUCAUCGAGGAGGAGGUGGACGACGAAUCGGACGAGGACAAGCCCAAAGUGCUGCGCGUCAUCACGAGGAGGCCCGCGCGGACAGCGGUCGCGGCCGGGGAGCCCGCUUGGCACGCGCUACUCCGGCGCACGCCCAGCUCGCGCACGGCCUCCAUCGCCAGGACGCCGCCGAGGGCGCCGCCGCGCCCGAGCCAGCAGCAGGGCGUCGUGUCGCCCAACAGCCCCCAGGCCAGCUGCUCCCCCAGGACACGACCCGUGCAACACCGACCUGCGCAGCUCUACACGACUCCGUCCAGGAUCAUCCGGACCGACGGUGCCCCCAAGCCCGGCGUCAACGUGCCCGCCAAGGUGCUGGUGCCCCGGAACCGCCUUCUGUUCCCCCUACUCGCCCGCGGUGGCCGCGUGCUGCCCGCCAAUUCGUCCAGGAUGCCCAUGGGGAUGGCCUUCCGUCGCCAGGACGCCGGAGACGGCCCUCAGGUCGGAGUGGUGCGGCGCGUCCUGGUGUCCGCUGUGGGACCCUUGUCGCCGGCGGAGAGUGCGGUGCUGGACGGAGUGCUCGACAUGCUCGAAGAACACCAGGCUCGGUACGGAGGCAUCAGGGCCUACAUGGACAAGUACGGCGUGACGCCGAUGGACACCUUCCCCGACACUUCCCCCUGAUGGUGUCAGUACUGCCCCCACCCCUUCCCUGUACCUGAUACCGUGGUGACCUCUUCGCAUUGACUCGAGCGGCUCGCCAUGAUAAGUUGCCAUCAACUGUACUUGCAUGAUAAAUAGAUCAUUGUUAGGAAUCCUGCAUGUAUAGGACUAUGCAGUUAUACAAUUUGCAUCCGAUGUUGAGUAUAAAGUACUCAAACAAAACUCAUUUAAUUAAUUUUCACUAUUUAU